ACCUCUUUCUCCAUCUUUAUCUCUUUGGAUUUUCAUGCUUUUUUACCUCUCUAUAUACUAUACUUCUCCUCAAGAGAAAAGCUAAAAAGGGUUUCCUUAUUUUCUGCUACCUAAACCUCUCUGGGUUGUCUGCACAUAAUAUAACCAGGUUUUGGUCUGAUCUGCCUGUCUGUCUUGCUUGCUUUGAGGGGGGAAGUUAAGAGAGCCCAGCCCAUUUUCUUGGCUGUUUUGUGGGUAGAAAGAGUUUUGGGUGGUUAUGGAUGGGAGAAGUAGUGAUCAGACAGAGAAAAUAAUGGAUGAAGUUAUGUUGCCUGGUUUUAGGUUUCAUCCCACAGAUGAAGAACUGGUAGGGUUUUAUCUGAAGAGGAAGGUCCAACAUAAACCCCUCUCCAUUGAGCUCAUCAAACAACUUGACAUCUAUAAAUAUGAUCCAUGGGAUCUCCCAAAGAUAGCGGCGGUGGGGGAAAAAGAAUGGUAUUUUUACUGUCCGAGGGAUCGGAAGUACAGGAACAGUGCACGGCCGAACCGGGUGACGGGGGCGGGUUUUUGGAAGGCCACCGGAACUGACCGGCCGAUCUACUCGUCGGAGACGUCCAAGUGCAUCGGACUGAAGAAAUCCCUUGUGUUCUACAAAGGUAGAGCCGCCAGAGGGAUAAAAACCGAUUGGAUGAUGCAUGAGUUCCGGCUGCCGUCGCUCUCUGAUAUCUCCACCCCCAAACGAUGUUUGGACAAAAAUAUCCCUCCCAAUGAUGCAUGGGCAAUAUGCAGGAUUUUCAAGAAAGCAAACUCCAAUGCACAAAGGGCACUUUCCCAUUCAUGGGUAGUCUCAUCACCUCCAACAACCAUACCCCAAACCCCCACACAACAAACACUCCUAACCCAAAACACCAACAACCUUAAUCAAGUGUCCAUGCCAACCCAUGACUUCAAAAACUCGCCGGAGAUCAUGGCGGUGGCGGCGGUGGGCGCCGCCACCCACCCACUAGAUCUCCUCCCCUACAAUGACCCCUCCACAAGCUACACAUUUCCCCCUUCCCUAUUCACCCAUCCUCAUCAUCUGCAACCCACCAUUAAUGAUGCAUCUUCCCUGCUGCUGGACAUGUCAAACUCGGUGUUUGGGGAGUUUAUUGGGAAGGGCUCCGAUGAGAGCACGGUGGACUACGGUGGGCUGAUCAACGGCGGUGGGUUUUCGGCGGUGGUGCCGCCGGAGAAUGCGGUGGAGGGCAGACUGCAAGAUGGUGUGGUGGUGGGGAAUAAGGAAUCAUCAUCAAACAUAAUUGAUGAAUCCAUUAGGUUUUCGUUCAAUGGGUUUCCUUUGAAUAUGGGGGCUGAGAAUGCAUGGAAGUUGUCUAGUUUGGUGUGGGAGUCUUCACCAUGCCCUAGUGAGAUAUCUAGUACUAGUUAUUCUACUACCAAGUGUUACACUUGACAUAAACUAACUAAAUUUGGUGUUACUUAGCUUGUUCUUAAUGUAAUGUAGUUUCAAGAUUAAUUAGUCAAUUAUUUAGGUUUGAUCUCUUUUUUUGGAUCUGACAUGCACUUAAUCCAUCUUGAGAAAAAUGUUGUAACAUUUGUAUGAGUUACAAUAGAAUGUUAGAUUGAGUAU